AUGGAGCACCAGGUGAUCUGCACCCUGCUCACGGUCUUCACGCUGGUGCUCAGCACGCUGGCCGAAGACCAGACAGAGUUGUGUGACGUAUCCCCCAGGGAAAGAGUCAACUGCGGCUACCCUGGUGUCACGGCCUCGGACUGUGAAAAGAAAGGCUGCUGUUUUGACGACACUGUCUCUGGGUACCCGUGGUGCUUCUAUACCACCAAAAGCACUUCAGAAGCUGGUACCGUGCGAGGUGCACGCGAGCAGGUGGGCAAGAGAGUGGGGCAGCGUGCUGCGCAGGCGCGGUCGGUGUCUGCGCACCAGGGCGCUGGAUUUCGGGCUCACUCUGGAGACAGCAAAGUCCUCAAGAAGCAAGUGUAG